AUAUAUAUAUAUAUACACAAAAACUGCAAGAAACAAUCGUAAUUUAACUUUUGGGAAGAGCAACAAUAAAAAAACUGACAAUAAUUAAAGGACAUCGAUAACUUAGAAUAUUAUUAUACAUCCAAUAAUUUCUUCUCUGUUUUGCUGCCUGGAGUUGGAAAUAUGUUAAAAAAACAAACUAUUUAAUGUUAAUUAAUGGUAAUUACACUGUUUUAGUAGAGUGACAAAUGUAAUGUACAUAAAGUUGUCAAAGGCACAACUUCUUUUCUACAAUAAUAAAAACAGUUUGCAAGAAAGACGAUGAAAGCGGCAGAUACGAGUUCGGAAAAAAAAGACGGCAAAGAAUUACAAAGUGAGUCUGGUGGUGGUGAUGAUGAUGAUGAUGAAAGUGGUGAUGGGGGAGGUGAUAAUUCCCGAAGGAAAAUGAUAGUUACUAGGGCUUCUCGGCGCCAGUGUCGACAAGACACCAACAUAAGUGAAGGUGUUGAUGGCGGGAAGAAAGAAGUGGAUGAAGGGUUCAAGACGACAGAUGUGAAGGAUGUUAAUCUAACAGAAAAAUAUGACCGGAAAAAACGACAACCUCCUCCGAUAAACAAUAAAAGUUGGUCUUCUGACGAGAAGACCCUCGAUAAGAACAGUACUGAUGGUAGUUCGGUAACGAGGGCAAAUGAAACUAUGAAAAACGAAAACACUCUUGCGGUAACUACUAGAUCGGGUGGGAGAAAUGGUCAUUCAGUGACAACGUCUUCUAAAGCAGUGACAAGAACUAAAGCUAUUCCCACCAUGAAAUCCUCUGCUCGCUUCAAAGCGACGAAAAAAAAGAAAAGGAAGCGGAAGAAGUGCAAUGAGUGGCAAAUGUACGAUGAGUCCGGAUGUUUGAUAUCUACGGGUAUAGAUAUGUGUGACUGUUUGGAUAUGGAUUGUCCCGGCUGUCAUUUCCCUUGUCUGAAAUGUGGCUCGGAGAAAUGCGGUACGGAAUGUCGCUGUGAACGACCCUGGCUUUACGAAGAGGUCAAAAUCGAAGGUUCUGAACUCGUAAUUAUAAAUCCUACCUUAGAAAACAAAAUGAAAUCAAACUAACUGAAAAAUACAUGGCACUUCUUUUAAGACUCAGUUUCGAUAUCCUAUACAAGGCAAAGUAACUAAGAUUGUGAUGUUGAGUCAUUUAUACAUCACUAAAAGCUUCAUUUUCAUGUGAUGUAUUUAAGCGAAGCAACAUUAACAGAACCCAGUCCUUUGCACCAGGAAUUCUGAAACAUAAAUCUCAUCCAUUGUAACCCUCUGCCACCCGUCUCACCUUCAACCCUAUGCCAUUACCCAGGCGGGUGUAUCUGACAAUGCUAUUGGUAUUUAUAACAAUAAAUUCAACAACUGUAACAACCCAGCAACACUUUCAUUAACCCCACUCCCCACUUAAAAAACACUAAUACCCAAUUAAGAAACCUGUAUUCUACAGGUUAUACUUUUGCUCUGAUUUGAACUCUGCACUACAUACUAAGGAAAUAUUUCACAGCAUUCCAUUGGCUGUCAUUUUGUAGAAUCAUGCAACAAAAUGCCUUGUGGUAUUUCUUCUGGUUCUUUAUGUCCUGGGUCAACUUUGGGUCACAGAGGUCAACUUUGCCUUUCAUCUAUCCAGGAAAUAAGUACCAGUGAAGUACCAGGGGUUGAUAUAACUGACUUAACUCUUUUACCUUAAAAUUGCUGGCCUUAUGCCUAAAGUAGAAGCACUUAUACAGCAUUUCUGUUGCUUUAAGUCAGGAGUUAUAAUUGCCUGUGGUACACGGUUUACAGCUAAGUGGACUGAGCUAUGGUUAUAUAUAUGCAAUGCAGUGCUGCUGAUAUAUGAAUUGCUAACUGUCCAACACCUUAACACAGCCAACUUAGCCGUCUGAGAUCCAUUAGUGUUGUAAUGAAAGUUACACAGAUGUGUGUGGGUGGCCAAAUGGUUAAGAACUUUGGUUUUCUAUCACUGUCUUGGGUUCAAUCUCACUGCUCUGCCACUUGGGCAAGUGUCUUUUACCAUAUGCUUGGGUUGGCCCAAGUCUUGUGAAUAAAAUUUGGUUGUAUGGGCUGUAUCUGUCAGUGUGUCCUGAUAAUUCUGGCUGAGAAUGCUAAUGUUCAGAAUACUCAGCUGUAAGACUCAUUGUUUUGUUUUGUUUUUAUGCAUAUAGGGGUGUACAUUUGUAUGUGUGUGUGGCUGUAUGCUUCCUAUCCACAAGGUUUCGGGUUCAGUCACACUGCAGUGGCAUCUUGGGCAAGUGUCUUCUACUGUAGCCCCGGGCUAACCACAGCUUUGUGGGUGGAUUUGAUUGACAGAAAAUGAAAGCAUCCCAUCAUAUAUGUAUCUAUAGCUUGAGAUGUGUGAGUGUGUAUAUGUUUGUGUUCUUGUCUUGACAUCAUGUAUUAGUUGUAAACAAGUGUCACUGUCAUAGAAACAGUGUCAUCCAUUUCCAGUAUUCUAUGGAAACAUAUAUGGCAGUGGGGAAAUAUUAUCUUACUUGGAAAUAGGUAAAGGUUUGCAAGAGGAAAAUCAUCUGAUUGUAAAAAUUUUGCCUCAAUAAACUGUCUAACCCAUGCAAGGAA